AUUACGUCAUUGAGUAUGUCGUCAUCCGAUAGACGUUGCACUCAAUGGCCACCAGAAUGCACUGUGACUUAAAAAACUCACUUCUAUUCUACAUUAUUUAAUUAUCUCAACUGUUGUAAUAAUUAAAACCAUUGCAAGGCAAUACGAUUGAUUUUAAACAAGUCAACGUGAAACUCAUACGGUCAGGCGGUGUCCAUUACUAGUUUAGUUAAACACGUAGGCCUAAUGAGGAACAAGUUUGUUCACAAAUGUAAAAUGAUUUGUUACCAUUAAGCUCAAAAGUUGCCACCUGUCGAGUAGCCGCGAUACAUUAUAGCAGUUCAUGUAGGCAUUGAUGAACAGUUAAAUACUUGUGCAAGUGGAACCGCAGACGCCAAUCAAAGCGUCAACCUAACCCAUAUCCCUGACAGACAGCGCCGAGAGCCAAUGGAUGGCCGCCCUGCUAUCCAGAGGCGGGCUUAGUAAAAUCCCGAGGAUAGAUCCGUGUUUGCUGCGAAGAAAGUGAUGUUUAGACUGACCGGGCAGGAUCAAGACACUUCUCAUGAACAAUUACACAUCGUGUCAUGCAGUCAUGGAAAUCAGAAGGUCUAAUGCUGAUGUGAAAUUAGCUAUCGACCCUAUAACCGUCGGGUUUUAAGCUCGCGGUGACCAGUCAAAAUCGCGAAUUGUGUAUCCUCGGAUAACCUCGGACAAAAACAUGUGCGUUUCUAAAUGGAUGGUCUGAUGAUGGAGGGACAGGUCACCGCGCGCGUGCAGCCGGUCAGGCUGAUGACGAUGAUGAUGUUCGUCUCCAUGGUGAUCGCUGAUUCACCUGCUGCAGACUGGCCAUUGGAUGCAUCAAACAUGCCAAAAAAAUCUUCAAUAGAAGUGUCGCAUAAUGCAUCUUCUGCCUUGUCUGGAUUUUCUCCAUCACCUAGUUCAGUUCCAUCUGAAGCCCCAGAUCCCCUUGCCACACCACCUUUACAUUCGUUGGCGUCUGAAAAAGCUUUUGGAUCUCCCUCCAGAGUUUCCUCCAGACAGCCUCGAGAAGUUAAGUCUCCAGUGCCUAUCUCUCAUACAGUGCCCUCCUCCUCCUGGAACGCUAUCAGUCCAGCUCGACAGUUCCCCUCACAGCCUACAGACAGUUUAUCAGUGCCUUCUGGAGAUUCUCCUUGGAGAAUUCCAGAUCAUUCUCCCAUUCCUUCCCCUGAGAUCCAGAAUGGAACGACGAGAGUCCGUGAAACUGAGAUGCCUUUUGGAGACGUGGUGGAACCAUCCCGCAGAGUUCAAGACCUUCAACCCAGCCACAACCCAGAAGUAAAACGUGAUCCAAAUUAUCAGCAGUUAGAGCCGAGUCAUGUUUUUGUAAACCAUCUUGUGACAUCAGCCUCUGUUGAGCCGACCAUGGGCCCACCUGAAGACUUCUUCCCAACCAACACCAUGGAUGUGGAUUAUGGCUCUGGAGAUUACCUGGAAACUAUGUCUUUCAUGGGAUCUGAAGACAAUGACUACUCCCUGGUUAGUAAUCUCCCAUCUGAUGUGUAUGAUUUCGAAUACUCAAACUCUGAGACCUAUGACACCACAUUUCCCACAAGAGUGGUGAUGUCAUUUUCCAGCAAGCAACUGAAUCCCACCUCUACGAGUGACACCAGUCAUUUAUCCAGCAAACAUGUCGAGAGUUACAAUUUUAAUAGUAAUUCAACCUCGAACAUUCCCACCACUGAUUUAAACCAACACCAAACAACAUUUCUCAGUUCGACAACCACAGUUCCCAUUUGGCCAACAUCUCCAGUUUUAACCACUAUACCCAGCAUUUCGGCUUCCGAGCCCAACCACACCAUUUCCCCAUCCCUUUCAACCAUCCAACCAACUAAAGUUCAUUCUUUAAUCAAUUUUUCAAAUCCUUCAGAUAUUUUAAACCAGAAUGAAUCUGUGAAUGAGAGUUUAGAGAUGGCACCUGACUGGCCAGGUACUGUCACCAUCCAACCCACAGAUGUUCUUUUGCCAGACAUGAACAGUUUGGAGUUCUACACUAUUCAGAUGACCAAGGAUAAUGGGACCUCGCCAGACCACACUACCAAACAUAUAACCUUUAGUGUUUCCUCUACACCUACAAUUGGCACUACACACAUUGUGCCCAAUAGUACGUACGCGCUUGACCCGAGUUACAUGCUAACUGCAGUGUUUGAUGACACGCUGCAAUCUGCAGACAACAGUUCAUGGAUUGAAGAAGAAUCUUCAACAGAUAUCUCAGGAUUUGAACCUUUUAACACUUCAACCCUGGAGCCCUCAGACGUUAAACCGAGCCUUACGAAUACUACAGUGUUUGACUUGGAGUCUUCAUUUGUACCAACACCUUCAAUAGACAUUUCAUCUUCAGUGGUUGGUCAAGACUCAACCAGUGGUCUGUAUACCACACCUACUAUAACUUACAAUACUUCCUUACUGGUGACCAACCAACCUCCUCCGACUGUGGAACCAGAUAGCAUGUCAUCGGUUAAUGAAACCCAAUGGAUUUUCACCUCAAUUCCAACCGAGACUCCCUUUCUAAGUACUGUAUUGAGCACCUCUGCAUACCCAACUGACUCAACUUUCAAUGUGACCUCACCUCCCCCUGUAAGCGAGAUGGCCGACGAAGAGUUUCUCAGCGAAAUGCCAUCUGACACUCCUGUCACUGUGGUUACUAACAGUGAUGACAUGAGUAACUUUACAGUCUCUCCCACAGUGUUACAUAAUGACAACACUGAGUCUUCAAUUGCAACAGUGACUACAAUAAAUGACUUGUCAGUUACAACACAAAGCACAACUCUUGAAACAACCACUGCCCGGAAGUAUCUCUGCAACAUCACCAAAUCAGACACAUACCUGAUUAGAGUCGGGUUUCCUCCAGGAUCCACUGCUGGAUAUGCCAAAGCCAAAAUCAGGGAGAUUCUGAAAGCGGAGUUUAAUCACUCAGUGGAGCUACAGGUAGUGAAAGCUCCUCCGGACUUUGUGUUUCGUGCCGUGUCCGGUGCUGUGGUUUAUACAGCCAUAUCAGUCAUUAACGCCCUGAGACCCUCUGCUCAAACCACCAGCUCUUUUAUCAGUGUGUCACCCAUCAGUCCUUUACCAGGUCGACAGUACCACGUACAUUCAGUGCUUGAGUUUGUACCCAGCCAUGUAGACAUCGGUAUGUGUAUGUUCAGUGAGCAUAUAGAGAAGGGUCUGAUCACUGCAUUGGCUGAAGUUCUCCGACGUGCGCAGAAGUCCACAAACUUCACUGUGCAUAUUUUAAACAUCACAAUGAGCCUCAUGAAAACGCAACAGCAGAAGGUUCCCGUGGAGAUCACCUUUGCUGUGCGUGACUUCCGUGGGUAUGUGCUUGGGGAAGAGGUCAGCGCUCGUCUUCGUGACCUCAGUGUGGUGGAAUACAGCUACUAUCUGGGCUACCCAGUAAAACAGAUCGCAGAGCCUUUUCACUACCCUGCACUGAAUACAACCCAACUGCUUCGUUCUUCUUGGGUUAGAACAGUAUUGCUGGGUGUUUUGGACCAGCGUGUGAAUGACAGGGUCUUCCAAGCUUCCGUGGAGAGAAAAUUGGCUCUGUUGCUAGGGGACGCACUCGGAACGGGGCGUCGCUUUAGAAGAGCAACUAGUGUUGGAAACAACAGUGUGCAGAUUGUGCAGACCACUCGUCUGGUAGGCCCAGACAAUCCCCUGGAGAUUAUUUACUUUGUGGAAGGAGCUAACGGAAAGAGGCUUCCUGCUACAACCACAGCCAACAUGCUCAACAGUCUGGACAUGCAGCAUGCAGCUAUCGUCAUGGGAUACCGCAUCCAGGAAAUAUUAGCACAGCCUGUGGAAAAACAGGCCUCCCAUCCCUCAGAUACCGACAAAACCAACACAUGGAUUAUCGUGGGGGUGGUGGUCCCCGCGGUGGUGGUGAUCAUUAUCAUAUCUAUCCUAUACUGGAAACUCUGCCGCACCGAUAAACUGGAAUUCCAGCCGGACACCAUGAGCACAGUCCAACAGAGGCAGAAGCUGCAGACUCCCAGCGUGAAGGGUUUUGACUUCGCCAAGCUGCACAUGGGACAGCACAGUAAAGACGAUCUCUUGGUCAUUCAAGAGCCGAUGCCUCUUCCUGUGCCCACCAAGGAGCAAAGCCCACCCGAGAGCGCAGAUUUUCCCACACCCAAGUCCAAGGGCUCCUCUAAAGCUUCACGCAAUGCCCAGCGCCGCAAGGGCCAAAUUUCUCCGUCAGAGGGUGACUCAGUGGGCAGUGAUCCAGGCAGUGAGAGAGCGUCUCAUGAGGACGGUACGAACCCUGCCGGGCUUCCCAGCGAUACCAAGCAAACGCGUAAAGCUGCUGUUAAUGGAUUAAACGGUCCUCCGCCAAUGAACAACAACAUGGAUGAACCUUUAUCCUCAGCCUCCAUCUUCGAGCAUGUUGACCGCAUGUCCCGUGCAACUGACGGCCCCAAACGUCCACCUAAUAAAAUUCAGCUCAUCGCCAUGCAGCCCAUGCCAGCCCUGCCCUUACCCAGUCUUACCGCCAAUGACAAAGCAGCAGAAAAUGCCAAGCUGAGCAAAGAGAUCCAAGUGGCUUUGAGGCACAAGUCUGAAAUCGAGCACCAUCGUAACAAGAUCCGACUUCGAGCCAAAAGGAAGGGCCAUUAUGACUUCCCCGCUAUGGAUGAUCUCAUCGAUGGGCUCGGUGAUUCCAAAGACCAAGACCGAAUCUACCAAAAGGCCCAAAUGCAGAUCGAAAAGAUUCUGGAUCCAGACAUUCACAUGCCUUCUCUCUACACGGAGCCCAAGAAAAGCAACAGUCGCAAGCGUUCUCCUAAACAGAAGAAACAGUUAAACGGUGAUGUGACAGAUGCUGACAGGGACAAACUCAUAACAGACAGCGAUGGGACAUACAGAAAAUAUCCGGGAGUCAAUAACAUAGCAUAUGUGUCUGACCCAGAUCAGGGCCCUGACCCGCAUAGCCCAUCCCCGACGGAUGACGUUUUCCACAGCCCUAUUUCUCCCCCUCCUGGCCAUCCUCCUCCCCCUCCUCCCUACCUAUCUCCUCAGCCAUCUAUAGAAGAAGCCCGUCAGCAAAUGCACUCUCUACUGGAUGACGCCUUCGCCCUUGUGUCUCCUACAUCUCAGGGAAGCACCGCUGGGAUCACCCUGCCAGGGGUCGGACUCAACCCCACAGCCCCGCCCCCUACCAGCCCACCUUCUCGUGGUCCACGGCCCUGGGGCCCGGGAUACCCUUCCUUCAAUCCCUACACAGGGAAAUAUGCUGAAUUGGGUCUGCCUCCUUCAACAGUACAGGGUUUACUACAUAGGCAAGGUUUGGGUUCUGGCUACAUUCCACCAUGUGAUGCUCUACCUGUCGAACAGCUCCAGUCAGAGUCGCUGUACUCUGGUCGAGUGGGCCACAUAGAUGAGCCCCCCUCCUCUGCCAGGCCACGGCCUGUAGGUGGCACUGCAGGUGGUCAGAUGCAUCAUUUAACUCAUGCUGGUCUGGCAGGUCGUGUAAAUGACAGCCGGCAGCCUGGUGGGCUAAACUGGGGUCUGUAUCAUGAGGACGACAACAAAUUUGCUAACAACAGAGACCCUGUUCUUGGCUCUCUUGACUACACCUCCAUCUCUAUGUUCCAGACCUCCAGGAAUGGACUUAAGGAGCCGUCUGCCGCCUCCACCCAUCUGGACUCUCUCGGCCUGGGCUACAGUCCCUCGGCACCUCCUGAGGAGCCUUCUCCUCCCAACCACUCAUCCGCCUCGCUCAUCAAAGCCAUCCGAGAGGAGCUGAUGCGCCUCUCGCAAAAACAGGCGGCGGUACCCAGCUACCACAGCUGAGACCUGCCCAGUCAGCUCCAUCGGGCUCUCCUCCCAAAAACUGCACUAGACUGCACUGUACUUCCCAUGGAAGUGACUUUUUUGAGACGACUUGUACGUCCUGUAGCUGCUGCUGCCACCCUGUGGCGGAGAGCGUUGGGACAGGAAGAGUAGACAUGUAGCCCUUUAAGGUUGAUUUAUACUUCCAAACUCCAACAUGUACAAAACGUUGCUGUCGGACUAAAACCUUGUAUCAUUUUCAAAAUGUAUAAAUAUGUGUAUUUUUUUACAGGUCGUUUUUGCGAAAUAUUUAACCACCGAAAUGUAUUGAAAAUGCUUGUUAUCUUAGACAACACAUUGUUAAAUUAAAGAAAGAAAAUUGCAGUUUUGGAGAUACAACCUUUCAGUCUGACAGCGAUGAUUAAAUUGUGACAUAUGUAGCUUAUCAUGGAAAAGUUGGCAGUUUUUCUAGAGUAUUCUGGUCAAUGCAAAGCUUUUACAUUUAUGCAUUUGGCAGACGCCUUUAUCCAAAGCGACAUACAUUGCUUUAUCCUACACAUUUUACAUAGGUAUUUGCAAUCCCCUGGGAUUGAACCCACAACCUUGCGUUGUUAACGCAAUGCUCUCACCACUGAGCUACAGGAAAGUUUUAAUGCAAACAGCCUACCGCACAGGUUCGGCGCAGAAGUAUAGCAGCUGUAUUGCUGUAUUUUUCCAAAAGUUAAGUUCAUGUUCAGUCUUGAGACUGAGAAAUAACUAGUUUUUACCAUAUUUGCAGUGACAUCACAACCCAUAAACUUCUGGAGCAACUGCUAUGUUGCCAACUCGGACCAGGGUUCUCUUUCAAUAAUGUUUUGUUAGAAACGCGUGUGUGCGUUUUAUUUUUACGUUGUGUGGUUUCUUUGCUGUGUACACUGCCUUUUGAAUAAUUUUAUACCUUGCACUGGCUCCUGUAGAUUCUCACUGAAAAACAACUCUUUGAUACCUUAAAUUGAUCUGUUUAUGUUUAGUGUUUUCUCUGUGUCUAAUAAUAUUUUGUCUAUAUACAGAACACAUUAUUUUAUUUCAAUUUACUGGCCAUGAACCACAUAAUGCCUUCAUGAUAAAAUAUUGGAUCUUAUACAGUAUUCUCUUAAUUAUACUAAAGACCACUUCCGGUCCAGAAGCACUUCCGGAUUCCUUUUUUUCAUUUAUUUAAAUAUUGCAAAUAUAAUUACACCUUAAAUAUUUGUUUAACAUUUAAAGUCUGUUAUAAAUGUUCAGUUUGUUGUAUUUUGUAUAAAUGAUGCGUUGUCAAAAAACUGAAACAGGAAGUUCUUGUGGACCAGCAUUGGACCAGCAUCAUUUACGUCUUCCGAAGUGGUCUAUAGGGUCCAGUAAUAGUAUUUGAAGUACUGACAUCAUUCCCCUGGGCAUAUGCCUUUAUUUGUUUUAGUUUCAACAAAGCACUCUUGACAGAGUAACGGAAUGUUCUUGAGUCAGUACACCUCGACUUGUCCCUUAGUUUGUAAAAGCAAAAAUCAAAACGCAAAUGUUACAUAAUAGAAGUCUAUGGAGCAAGGCAAACAUUGUUUUAAAUGAUUUUUUGAACUUCACUCAUGUGUAAACAAAACACAUGUGCAGAUAGCAGACUCGUUUAUCCAAAGUGACUCACUUAAAGGGAUAGUUCACCCAAAAAUGAAAACGUUAUCCUCAAAUAGUUUCAAACCUGUAUAAAUGUCUUUGUUUGGUAUUACACAAAUAAAGAUUUGAAACAAUUGUUAGAUUUGAGAUUUUGGGGACACCAUAAUAGAAGAAAAAAUGCUUUGUUUUUUUGUUCUGUUAAACAAAUAAGAUAUUUUGAAGAAUUUGGGAAAACAAAUGGCUAACAUUCUUCUUAAUAUCAACAAAACAAAGAAAUGUAUACAGGUUUGAAACUACUUGAGGUUUAAUAAUGCAUGACAGAAUUUUUUAUUUUGGGUGAAGUAUCCCUUUAAGGAUAAAGGUAAAGGAUGUGACAUAACAAUCUGACUGAAAGGAUCAGCAGACACAAAUCUACUUGUACAAUAAUUCAUUUUAAGAGCUUUAAGAAACGUAUUGGCUUCAUAUUUGUUUACAAAGUGAGGGAUGGGUCAGAAUUAUUGUCUGUGAUAAUCUCGGCAUGUCUCCUUUAAAUUCUGUCCAUUUGUUCAUGAACAAAUCAAAAGAAUUACACUCACGGUUUACACUCCUACGUACUUUCAGUAUUACUACUGUUUACUUGGUAUUUGAAGACAAUAUUUCAUUGCAGAUGAAUGAAGUUUAUAACUGUAUUGUUUAAUGAGAACAAUUUUGAAUUGUUUAAGGUCGAAGUAUGGACUUAGGUUAGGGCUAUGUGUUUGAAAGGUUUUAGUUUAUUGUCACCUUUUCACAACUGCCAUGAAGUGCUCAUUGUUCACUGGCAAUAACAUUUAUCAAUGCAUUUACAGUAUUACUGGAUAUUGUAUCGCUGGUUAAACUGCUGUUGAUCAACUCUUCAUACACUACAGUAUGUUCUUCUACAUCAUGCUCAUAUAGAGCUUUGGUGUAUUGAAGAGCAUUAAACACGUGGUCACUGUAACUAGUAUUAGAUUCACUCUGUGAAAGUUCAAAACACUGAUUUCUCAGUUAUCUGUACAAUAGUUCAUGCUGGGCUUGUAUUCUUGCUUUUGUGCUGAAACUCAUUAUGUUGAUGAAAACAGGUUGCCCGUUACAUUGUUUUUCUGCUUUAAGUUUACGUCUGGUUGGACUUUCUUGACCUGUAGUUAAAAUUCUACUGAAUCUUUAUUUAAGUGACAAAUAAAAAGAAUUAGCUUACAGUAUA